CGGAGUCAGCGCCUGCGCGGCGACGACAUCUGUUUUUGCGCGUGCGCAGCCGCUGCCCUGCCGCGGCGCGUGCCUCCCCAGUCGCACCGCACCGACCGCUUCAAAUCGCGCACCGGGAGGAGGCGCCCGGCUCACUCGGCUCCUCUUCUCGCUCCUCAGUGCUCACCUCGCCCAUCUCCUCUGCGGCUCACUCACUUCACACUCCCACGAAAAGCGAGGAGGAGGAGGAGGAGAAAGAGAGGGGAAGUACUAACAAACAGCUACUGCGAGUGCGAUGGCGGCGCCGGCGCCGAAGCAGGAGGAGCUGCAGCCGCACGCGGUCAAGGACCAGCUGCCCGCCGUCUCCUACUGCCUCACCAGCCCUCCCCCAUGGCCGGAGGCCAUCCUCCUCGGGUUCCAGCACUACCUCGUCAUGCUCGGCACCACCGUCAUCAUCCCCACCGCGCUCGUCCCCCAGAUGGGCGGCGGCAAUGAGGAGAAGGCGCGGGUGAUCCAGACGCUGCUGUUCGUGGCCGGGAUCAACACGCUCAUGCAGAGCUUCCUAGGCACGCGCCUCCCCGCCGUCAUCGGGGGCUCCUACACCUUCGUCGCGCCCACCAUCUCCAUCAUUCUCGCCGGCCGCUACAACGGCAUUGCCGAUCCCCACGAGAAAUUCGUGCGCAUCAUGCGGGGGACGCAGGGCGCACUCAUAGUGGCCUCCACCCUCCAAAUCAUCAUGGGGUUCAGUGGCCUCUGGCGCAUUGUCGUCAGGCUGCUCAGCCCGCUGUCUGCGGCACCCCUGGUCGCGCUUGUUGGAUUUGGGCUCUAUGAACUAGGAUUUCCAAGUGUUGCCAAAUGUGUAGAGAUUGGUCUUCCACAGAUUUUACUGCUGGUUGCUCUUUCUCAGUACGUACCAAAUCUGGUGCCCUUAUUGGGGACUGCCUUUGAGCGCUUCGCCAUCAUAAUGUCUGUUGCUGUUGUGUGGCUCUACGCGUUCUUCCUGACUGUUGGUGGCGCAUAUAAGAAUGCUGCACCAAAAACCCAAUUCCACUGCCGUACUGACCGAGCUGGGCUUGUUGGUGGCGCUCCAUGGAUAAGUGUACCUUAUCCAUUUCAAUGGGGAGCACCAACCUUCGAUGCUGGUGAAGUUUUUGCUAUGAUGGCAGCUUCUUUUGUUGCUCUUGUGGAGUCUACCGGAGCAUUUAUUGCGGUUUCACGGUAUGCCAGUGCAACACCAUGUCCUCCUUCUGUCAUGAGUCGUGGUAUUGGUUGGCAGGGAGUUGGUAUUUUGUUGGGUGGCUUAUUCGGAACAGCUAAUGGAUCCUCCGUAUCUGUCGAAAAUGCUGGGCUACUCGGUUUGACACGCGUUGGUAGCAGACGUGUAGUGCAGAUUUCUGCUGGAUUUAUGAUCUUCUUCUCUAUUCUUGGGAAAUUUGGAGCUAUUUUUGCAUCAAUUCCUGGCCCAAUUAUUGCAGCUAUAUAUUGCCUUCUCUUUGCAUAUGUUGGUAUGGCGGGGGUUGGGUUCCUUCAGUUUUGCAACCUGAAUAGCUUCCGAACAAAAUUCAUCCUGGGAUUCUCUGUGUUUAUGGGUCUGUCGGUGCCACAAUAUUUCAAUGAAUACACUUCCGUCGCAGGCUUUGGUCCAGUACACACGAAUGCAAGAUGGUUCAAUGAUAUGAUCAACGUGGUAUUCUCGUCGAAAGCAUUUGUCGGAGGUGCUGUAGCUUAUUUGCUGGACAACACCCUGCACAGGCAUGAUGGCACCGCGAGGAAGGACCGGGGGCACCAUUUCUGGGACAGGUUCAGGUCCUUCAAGACAGACCCGCGCAGUGAGGAGUUCUACUCCCUCCCAUUCAACCUCAACAAGUUCUUCCCAUCUUUCUGAUUCACUGUUUGUAACAAAAAGUGUGUGUGGGUGGGGGGGGGGGUAACAUUGUAAGAUUAGUUAUAGGCCUAUUGGUGAAGUGAUUUUGGCAAUGCCACGUUGUUGUUUCUCCUAAUGUUUUGUACCUCUGAGCUCUGAAUCUUGUAGAGCUCAAUGCAAACUAUUCUGAAGGGAUGGAGAAAUGCAUCAGUAUUUUUGGAUGUAAAUUGGGUUGGAUUGAGUUAGAUCAAUUAAGUAAAAAUGCCUAGCUUCUACCUUAGUUGUGAUUCUGAUUUUGAUUUUAACUA